AAAAGUUUGAGGACCCCUGGUCAAGAGUAAAGGCUCUUUGCAGCGGAAGGCGCUUAGGUGCACUCUGGGAGCUGAGAGGACUUCCUACCCUGAAGACUUGGCGGCCAUGGUUGACAGCAUGCUGGUGUCCUCCUAUCUGGGCUGGGGCAAUGAGAGCUAUGCCUUCAGCUAUGGACAUGGCACAGUGCUUCCGGCAGCACACGGACACAGACAGACAGGAGCCCAUGGUCACCUGGAUCUUGCGAGUGUACGACCAGCGGGGCCAGGUCCUGUCCCUGACCUCAGCAGAGAUGGCUACCCUGGGGUACCUGACCAGUAACAGCCUCUUCAACUAUUACCUGCGGACCCUGCAGGGCAGCUGCCAGCCACUGCUCACCUGGCUGCUAAGAGCCUGGCGCAAGCGCUGGCCUGUUCUCUCAGACUUCCGGGCCAGUGAGAUGGACCUCCAGCCUUGGGCCACGCUGGAGGGGGGCAUACAGCUAGUGCGCGAGCUUGGCAUGCUCAGCUGGAUCUAUCAGGACCCACCCUCUGCUCCAUACCCUGAGGACGUGGCCCUCACCCUUGACCUGCGGAGGCUCCUGCUGACCAUGGCCCCAGAGGAGCUGCGGCCUACACUGCUGGCCAUGCUGGCAGCAAAAGGCCAGACAGUGAUGAAGGCAAUGGAGGCGCUCCAGACCUGUGUUGAGGUGGACCUGCUAGCGCGCAGGAGCCAGCCUCACUGCUGCCAAGGCCUGCUGGGUCCCAGGCCCACUCUCAAGGAGCUCAUUGGCUGGCUGCUGGGCCAGGGCAUUCCCCGAGAGCAGGUUGAGAAGCAGCCCACCCGAGUGCUCCUGGAGAGGUACCUCAGGGAGGCCAGGCUCAUUGGAGGCCAGCCUGCCCAAGGGCCACCUCAGAAGCAGUUCCUGCCUUUGACCUAUGGGGAGGAGCCACCCAAGAGCACCAAUUAAAUCCCACCCACCCAGGUACUCAGGCUACCCAGCUCUUGCCCUGCUGAUGGCAUGCCUGUGAAGGGAAGUAGAUGAGCAGGAGAUGGAACUAAAGGGGUGGAGGAUACACCCUCGCAGCCCUCACGUAUGUCCUCAACCCUACCACUGGGCGUCACUUUGAGGGCAGCAAGCUUUGAGAGGUGGGACGUGGGGGUAAUUCACUUUUGGCCAGUGUGACACUGCUCUCCUUUAGGCCAAGUGGAGCCACUCGUGGAGUACUUGUUAUUAAAAUAAAAACUAAGCACCUUAAGCACUUUCGUCUCUACUGUCCCCUGUGCCAACAUAAUGUCCCCCAGGGGGACUUGAACCCCAGUGCCUUUUCCUUGGCACCAGAGGCAUGUGUAGAAGUGACUGUAAUGCCAUCCUUGGAUGUUGGGGGUCAGCUCAACGGCCACCCUGUCAUGUUCAUGUUUUGUAUAAUAAAGGCUUGUGCCUCUGCUCCUUGGGGGGAAAAAAUAUAUUACUAUAAAGGGAUUUUGAGGAAGUUAGUCCACAAUUUAACAAAAAAUAUCCUGGAAAGCAUCACCAUGACAAAACUCCUACUCAUUCCUAUCAAACAAGGGCGUUUUUUUGGUUGUUUUUUUCAAUUAUUUUAUUGGGGGCUUGUACAAUUCUUAUCACAAUACAUACAUACA